CUGUAGCUGUCCAGGUCGCUCGGCUCUCCACUUCUCUCGCCUAGCUCUGCACUUCUUCAUUUUCUCCCUCCUCCUCCUCCCCUCUCAUCCCUCGAAGUUCGAUGCGAUCGGCUCUUGGCCCUGCCGUGAGUUCUCAGUGCGGGCGACAGCGCUGCUGAACAUGGCGUCAGACGGGAUGAUUUUAACAAACCACGACCACCAAAUCCGGGUCGGAGUCUUGACAGUGAGUGACAGCUGUUUUCGGAACCUGGCAGAGGACCGCAGUGGAAUCAACCUAAAAGAUCUGGUGCACGACCCCUCCCUGCUUGGGGGCUCUAUUUCAGCCUAUAAGAUCGUACCAGAUGAAAUUGACCAGAUCAAGGAGACUCUAGUGGACUGGUGUGAUGAGAAAGAACUCAAUCUCAUCUUGACAACCGGGGGGACAGGCUUUGCUCCCCGCGAUGUCACACCUGAGGCCACUAAAGAGGUGAUAGAGCGGGAGGCUCCAGGGAUGUCUCUGGCAAUGCUGAUGGGUUCUCUCAACGUCACACCACUAGGCAUGCUCUCUAGACCUGUGUGCGGCAUCCGCGGCAAGACGCUCAUCAUCAAUUUACCAGGGAGCAAGAAGGGUUCACAGGAGUGUUUCCAGUUCAUCCUGCCCGCGCUGCCCCACGCUAUCGACCUGCUACGGGACGCCGUGGUCAAGAUGAAGGAGGCGGUGGACGAGCUAGAGGACCUGCCUUCGCCCCCGCCGCCCCUAUCGCCGCCCCCCAACAGCUCGCCGCGGCGGCAGACUGAGGACAAGGGCGUACAGUGUGAGGAGGAGGACGAUGACAAGAAAGACAGUGGUGUGGCGUCCACCGAGGACUCCUCGUCCUCGCACAUCACCGCAGCCUCCAUCGCCGCUAAGGUAACCAAUGGGGAGAUCCCAGACUCCAUCAUCUCCAGGGGUGUCCAGGUCCUCCCCAGAGACACAGGCUCUCUGAGCACCACGCCCUCUGAGUCACCCCGCGCCCAGGCCACCUCACGGCUCUCUACCGCCUCCUGCCCCACGCCCAAAACUGAGAUCAUCAACUACAGAGAUGGGAUGGGCCGAGUCCUUGCUCAGGAGGUUUAUGCCAAAGACAACCUGCCCCCAUUCCCUGCCUCUGUAAAGGAUGGUUAUGCUGUAAGAGCGGCUGAUGGUCCAGGCGACCGCUUCAUCAUCGGAGAGUCCCAGGCUGGAGAACAGCCCACCCACACAGUGAUGCCGGGCCAGGUGAUGAGGGUGACGACGGGGGCUCCUAUCCCCUGUGGGGCAGACGCUGUGGUGCAGGUGGAGGAUACAGAGCUGCUCCGCGAGUCUGAGGACGGCACAGAGGAGCUGGAGGUGCGGAUCCUCGUACAGGCCCGUCCCGGACAAGACAUCCGGCCCAUAGGUCAUGACAUCAAGCGUGGGGAAUGUGUCCUGUCUAAGGGAACCCACAUGGGCCCCUCUGAGAUUGGCCUGCUGGCCACCGUAGGAGUCACCGAGGUGGAGGUGCAGAAGUUCCCCGUGGUGGCUGUCAUGUCCACAGGCAACGAACUGUUAAACCCUGAGGACGACCUCCACCCAGGAAAGAUCAGAGACAGUAACCGUUCCACGCUGCUCGCCACCAUCCAGGAGCAUGGAUACCCCACCAUCAACCUGGGCAUCGUGGGGGACAACCCAGAUGACCUGCUGAAUGCCCUAAACGAGGGCAUCAGUCGCGCUGACGUCAUCAUCACCUCUGGAGGGGUGUCGAUGGGAGAGAAGGACUAUCUGAAACAGGUGCUGGAUAUUGAUCUGCAUGCCCAGAUCCACUUUGGACGAGUCUUCAUGAAACCAGGUCUCCCGACAACGUUCGCCACGUUGGACAUGGACGGUGUUCGUAAACUCAUCUUUGCCCUCCCAGGUAACCCCGUGUCUGCUGUGGUGACAUGUAACCUCUUCGUCAUUCCUGCCUUGAGGAAGAUGCAGGGGAUCCUGGACCCACGGCCCACCAUCAUCAAAGCCAGGUUGUCAUGUGACGUGAAGCUGGACCCUCGCCCUGAGUACCACCGCUGCAUUCUGACAUGGCACCACCAGGAGCCUCUGCCAUGGGCCCAGAGCACAGGAAACCAGGUGAGCAGCAGGCUGAUGAGCAUGCGCAGCGCCAACGGUCUCCUGAUGCUACCUCCAAAAACAGAGCAAUACGUGGAGCUGCACAAGGGAGAGGUGGUCGACGUCAUGGUUAUCGGCCGGCUAUGAUGUCAUCAAAGGGGGACGUUGAGAUGGCUUCAUAGAGAGAGGGGGUUCGAAUGGGUGGUUCACGGUGCAUGUCCACAUAUCAUUGACUAUUCUGUAAUAUGCAACGGCACAGCUAGUUUUUCUUGAUUUGGAUAACGUUGAGGUAUAGUCAACAUCUCCAUCACAAACCUAGGUACAUAUGAUACAAAAAAAUAUGAUUCAUUUAAAAGAUUAUAAUAAUAUUUCAAUCAAAGAAAAUAUAACUUUCAAAGAAAAAAAUCUAAUUAUAAAAAGAGAUUUAUUCUGUAAUAUAUUCUUAUGAUUAUUCUUCUUACUAUCAUUGUUAGAUUGUAAGGCAACUUUGUUCCUUUCAUUGCAAUUGCUUUGUGUGUUCAAUGCUAGACCUUAUCAAUAGCA